GGAAAAGGGGCGGGCCUCGCUGUGCCAGUCAGGUGAGGACGUUUGCGUACAGAAGCGGCCGCGGUGGCGGCGGCGGAGGAGGAGGCCUGCUUCUUCCCGGCCCGGCGGCGGAAUGCGGCGGAACGGACCGCGGCGCUGAGGCCGAGGAAGAAGAAGAGGCGGCGGAGAGGGAGGAACCGAGGAAGGCAGGCCAGUGAGGAGGAGGAUGAUGGUGAUGGUGGUGAUGAUGCUGCUUCCCCGCUGAUGCCGGCCCCCCGGUUGCCAUGACGACGGGCGACUGCUGCCCGCUGCCCGGCUCCCUUUGUGACUGUCCGGCCGGCAAGCGGGUGGAGGAGGGGGCGGAGCCGGACCGGCCGCAGUACGUGGCCCAGGUGACCGCCAAGGACGGGCGCCUCCUCUCCACCGUCAUCAAGGCCCUCGGCCCACAGAGCGAGGGCCCCUUCUGCCGGAUCUGCCACGAGGGCCCCAGCGGGGAGGGUCUGCUCUCGCCCUGCGACUGCACCGGCACCCUGGGCGCCGUCCACAAGAGCUGCCUCGAGAAGUGGCUCUCCUCCUCCAACACCAGCUACUGCGAGCUCUGCCACACACAGUUCGUGGUCCAGCGCCGACCACGGCCCCUCACCGAGUGGCUGCAGGAGCCGGGCCCGCGCAACGAGAAGCGGACGCUGUUCUGCGACAUGGUGUGCUUCCUGUUCAUCACGCCGCUGGCCGCCAUCUCGGGCUGGCUCUGCCUCCGGGGGGCCCAGGACCACCUCCAGUUCAACAGCCGCCUCGAGGCCAUCGGACUCAUCGCCCUCACCAUUGCACUUUUCACCAUCUACGUCCUCUGGACGCUGGUCUCAUUCCGCUACCAUUGCCAGCUGUACUCAGAGUGGCGACGGACCAACCAGAAAGUCCUGCUGAUGCUGCCGGACUCGGCCAAGCCCGGCCCGCCCCCGGCCCCGCACUCCCUGCUCUCCGCCAAGCUGCUCAAGAAGAAGGCCGACGAGACCACGGUAUGAGGAACCCCCCACGGCUCGGACAAUCCGCCCGGCAACAGGCCUCCGGGCGCGUGCAAUGGGCGGCGGGUCCCAAGCCCCCCGUCUCCCCACUUUUGACUAUGGGCAAGGAUUUGGCAAAAUAUAUAUAUAUCUAUCUCCAUAUAUCUACCUGA